UGCAUUUUUAUUAGUUUGAAGCAAAAGAAAACAAUGGGAUUUCGCUUACCUGCUAUUAGAAGGGCAUCAUCUGCUGUAACCCAAGCAGCCUCCGUCCCAAAAGGCUAUCUUGCAGUCUAUGUUGGAGAGAAGAUGAAGCGGUUUGUGAUUCUUAUUUCCUAUUUGAGUCAACCUUCAUUUCAGGAGUUACUAAUCCAAGCAGAAGAAGAAUUCGGAUAUGGUCAUCCAAUGGGUGGCCUCACUAUUCCUUGCAAGGAGAUAAUAUUUCAUCAACACAUACAUACAACAAUGGGUUUUCUUUUGGCUGGUAUCAGAAGAAAGACAUCAUUUACUGCAAACCAAGCAACUUCCAAAGUUGUGGAAGUCCCGAAAGGCUAUCUUGCCAUGUAUGUUGGCGAGAAGAUGAAGCGAUUUGUGGUUCCCAUUUCUUAUUUGAAUCAACCUUUAUUUCAAGAAUUACUAAGCCAAGCAGAAGAAGAAUUUGGAUAUGAUCAUCCAAUGGGUGGUCUCACUAUUCCAUGCAGUGAGGAUGCUUUCUUGGACCUCACAUCUCGCUUAAACUGACUUAGCACAAGUCCUGCCGAAGGAGACUGACAUAGAUUAAUUCAGAGUGAAACUUUUCCUUUUCUGUAACAAGAAUUGAGAGACAAUUUUGUGUAGCAGGAACUAUAGUAUAAGUUUUCUUUGUAGCAUAACAUCAUCUCAUUGAGAUGGCAAGGAUGUAAAUAUCAGAAUUUUUCCUCCCAAUUUCAAUGAAUUUAUAGACUUCAUCUCAAAAGAUUUAUAGACUUAAGUGCUUUGCA